UGCUUUUGUACUCGGGGACGAUUUUAGGUACGUACCCAUUCAGGAAGUCAGUCGCAUACAGCGCGUUUUGGUUGUGUACAUGCUUAUCCAACCGUUUGUAUUCAUGCUGAAAUAAAGCCAUUGUAGCUGCUUGCGAUGGCCACCACGGAGAAAGAAACCCCCGCUAAAAAGGCUGCAGCGCCCUCGGUGUCUCAGAUUAAUGCGGAAUAUGUCACACAGUUGGCUAAUAAAUAUUGGGCUCCUCAUGCAAAGAAUAAACUACCAUUUGACCCUAAGGUGAUGGAAGAUGUUUACGAUAAAGAGAUUCUCAAGUCCAAAUUUGCCAUCAGGAAAAUUAUGCUUCUUGAGUUCAGCCAGUAUCUUGAGAACUACCUGUGGGUGAACUACUCUCCUGAGGUGUCUAGCAAUGCCUACCUCAUGUCCAUUUGUUGCAUUGUCAACGAGAAAUUUAGAGAGAACGUCCCAGCAUGGGAGGUGUUCAAGAAGGAGCCCAGCCAUUUCCCUUUCUUCUUCAAAUGUGUGAUGGAAGCUGUACUGGCAGGCGAUGAAGCUGGCCUUAGUUUAAAGGAACAAACCGUGCUACUGGUUUUCCUGGACCACUGUUUCAACAGUCUGGAGGUAGAUUUGAUCAGAGAGCAGGUGCAGCAGCUCAUCUCUCUGCCCAUGUGGAUGUGCCUCCUACCAUCCAGACUCCAGCAAGAGCUGAAGAAAGUUCCAAAGCUGCAGAAGUUCUGGAAUCUAAUCAAGAAGAAGUUUGAUAAGAUGGACGCUGACGCAGCCGAACAGGCAAAAAGAGAGAGGACCUUCCUCUCAGCUCUUAUUAAAAAGUUUCGUGGAGUUCUCACGUCAAUCCCACCAACAGGGCCUGUGUGCAUGGACAGAGUCCAUUACUGUGAGAGAUUCAUUGAACUCAUGAUUGAUUUGGAGGCCCUGCUGCCUACCAGGCGUUGGUUCAACACUGUGCUGGAUGACUCUCACUUGGUGGUCAGCUGCAACUUGUCCAGCCUCACUCAGAGAGAAAAGGAGGGGCACCUCUUCUGCCAGUUGUUGGACAUGCUGAAGUUCUACACAGGCUUUGAGAUCAGUGACCAGACAGGAAAUGCCCUGACGGAGAAAGAGAUGACCACUCUGCACUAUGACCAAAUCACCUCUCUGCAGAGGGCAGCUUUUGCUCACUUCCCAGACUUGCAAGACUUUGCUCUGUCCAAUGUAGCAGCAGUAGACACUCGAGAGUCCUUGACCAAACACUUUGGGCAUCUCAGUCCCAAUUCACUCCACAAGGUGGCGUCAUAUCUGUGUCUGUUGCCAGAGCUCCCUGAGGGUCAAGACACCACCUAUGAGAAAGAGGUUCUCCUUGAGCUGCUGGUGUCCCGUCAUGAGCGGAGAAUCUCUCAGAUUGAGCAACUUAACCAGAUGCCACUUUAUCCAACAGAGAAGAUAAUCUGGGAUGAGAACAUUGUUCCAACGGAGUACUACUCAGGCGAAGGUUGUCUAGCACUGCCCAAGCUGAAUCUCCAGUUUCUGACUCUCCACGACUACCUGCUGAGGAACUUUAACCUCUUUCGUUUGGAGUCCACCUACGAGAUCAGACAGGACAUAGAAGAUGUGGUGUGGCGCAUGAAGCCAUGGCAGUCAGAGUACGGUGGUGUGGUGUUUGGAGGCUGGGCCAGGAUGGCUCAGACGAUCACCUCUUUUUCCAUUGUGGAGGUCGCCAAGCCCAAUAUUGGAGAGAGCUGGCCUGCCCGUGUGCGAGCUGAUGUCACUGUUAACCUCAAUGUACAAGGUCAUAUCAAGCUGGAGUGGGAAGGGCUGCGGAAGCACGACGUUUGCUUUCUGAUCACGGUGCGGCCCAUCCUGCUCUACGGCACACGCUUCGACCGGCGCCAGUCCUUUGUGGAGCAGACUGGCCUGGUGUACGUGAGAGGCUGCGAGGUGCAGGGUAUGCUGGAUGACAAGGGACGUGUCAUUGAAGAAGGUCCUGACCCAAAACCCAAGCUACGAGGAGACACCAGAACAUUCCGUGUGUGGCUGGACCCGAACCAGUAUCAACAGGAUAUGACCAGCAGUAUUCAAAAUGGCACCGAAGACCCCUAUGAGACUUUCAACAUUAUCAUGAGACGAAAACCCAAGGAGAACAAUUUCAAGGCAGUGCUAGAGACCAUCAGAAACCUGAUGAACACGGAGUGUGUUGUCCCCGACUGGCUUCAUGACAUCAUCCUUGGCUAUGGCGACCCAGGCAGUGCCCACUACUCCAAAAUGCCAAACCAGAUCUCCACGUUGGACUUCAAUGACACCUUUCUGUCCGUGGACCAUUUGCAUUCGUGUUUCCCUGGUUACACCAUCAAAGUCACAGAGGAAAACCCCGAACUGCAAGUUGCUCCUUUCAGAAUCACAUUUCCCAUCACAAACAAAACAGAAAAGGGGAAGAAGAGAAAGGCUGAUGAAGAAGUAGCAGACAAAGAGGAAGACAUGACCCUGAUUGUUGAACCCUAUGUCACCCCCAACCGUGGACCAUAUCCCUACAACCAGCCCAAACGAAAUACAAUUCAGUUCACUCCUACUCAAAUUGAAGCCAUUCGAGCUGGGAUGCAGCCAGGACUCACAAUGGUUGUUGGACCUCCAGGUACUGGAAAGACGGAUGUUGCCGUUCAGAUCAUCUCAAACCUCUAUCACAACUUUCCUGAGCAGAGGACCCUCAUAGUCACACACUCGAAUCAGGCUCUGAACCAGCUGUUUGAGAAGAUCAUGGCUCUUGACAUUGAUGAGCGCCACCUCCUGCGUCUUGGCCAUGGAGAAGAGGAGCUGGAGACUGAGAAGGACUUCAGCAGGUAUGGCAGGGUAAACUAUGUCCUGGCCAGAAGACUGGAGCUCCUCAGAGAGGUUGGGAGGUUACAGGAGAGCUUGGAUGUCCCCGGAGAUGUUUCUUACACCUGUGAGACUGCUGGACACUUCUACCUCUACCAGGUGAUAUCUCGCUGGGAAGAGUACAUGAGUAAAGUCAGGCCUAAACACGGCAAAAAAGUGGAGGCAGAAGCUGUGGCUGCACACUUUCCCUUCCACAAGUACUUUUCCAACGCCCCCCAACCUGUGUUCAAGGGUCGGUCAUAUGACGAGGACAUGGACAUUGCAGAGGGCUGCUACCGCCACAUCAAGAAAAUAUUUACUCAGCUGGAGGAGUUUAGGGCAUUUGAGCUGCUGAGGAGUGGACUGGACCGCUCCAAGUAUCUGCUUGUGAAGGAGGCCAAAAUUAUUGCCAUGACCUGCACACAUGCUGCACUCAAACGUCAUGACCUGGUGGAACUGGGAUUUAAGUAUGACAACAUCCUGAUGGAAGAAGCUGCUCAGAUUCUGGAGAUCGAGACUUUCAUCCCCCUCCUGUUACAGAACCCAGAGGAUGGCUACAGCAGACUGAAGCGUUGGAUCAUGAUUGGAGACCACCAUCAGUUGCCCCCUGUCAUCAAGAACAUGGCCUUCCAAAAGUACUCCAACAUGGAGCAGUCUCUCUUCACCCGAUUUGUGCGACUGGGAGUGCCCACCAUAGAUCUGGAUGCACAGGGCCGUGCACGUGCAAGCCUGUGUAACCUGUACAACUGGCGCUACAAACACUUGGGGAACCUGCCUCACGUCCAGCAACUGCCUGAGUUCCAGGUGCCCAACCCCGGUCUGACGUUUGACUACCAACUCAUUAAUGUGGAGGACUUCAAUGGGGUUGGCGAAUCAGAGCCUAACCCUUACUUCUACCAGAACCUGGCGGAGGCGGAGUAUGCAGUGGCUUUGUUCAUGUACAUGCGUCUGUUGGGCUACCCCGCUGACCGCAUCAGCAUCCUCACCACCUACAACGGACAAAAACACCUGAUCCGAGAUGUCAUCAACCAGCGAUGUGCUGGCAACCCCUUCUUUGGUCAGCCCAACAAGGUGACGACAGUGGACAGGUUCCAGGGUCAGCAGAAUGACUACAUCAUCCUCUCACUGGUCCGCACCAAAGCCGUGGGACACCUGAGGGAUGUGAGGCGUCUGGUGGUGGCCAUGUCAAGAGCCAGACUGGGUUUGUACAUCUUUGCUCGGGUUGCGCUGUUCCAAAACUGCUUUGAGCUGACUCCUGCCUUCAACCAGCUCACCGCCAGACCUCUGCAGCUGCACAUCAGACCACAUGAAUACUACAGCCAGGAACAGCCUAGAGAUGCUUCUGGACAGCCCGACCAAAUCGUCAAGAACAUGCCAGAGAUGGCCAACCUGGUCUACAACAUGUACAUGCACAUGAUCCAGACCUCCCAGAAAUACAGACAGCAACAGCAGAAUUUGGCUCUGCCUCCACAACAAACUAAGACAGAUGCUGUGGCUGAGAAAGCGCCAGACAGCUCUGGGGAUCCGCAGGAAGAAACCCCCAUGGAGCAGGAAACCCCAGAAGGUGAAGCAAACUCCGAGCCAAACUCAAAAGACCCCAGUGAGAUGAAAGAAAAUCAAGAUACAGCUGAUCACACUAAAAUGCCUGAGCAUCCCGGCAGAGACAGUGACAGCGACGGGGAGGACAGUGGAGCGGAGCAAGAGCAGUAGAGCGUCCACAUAUGGGACUCCUGUCUAAUUAAGGUCCUCAGUUAGCAAAUGGACCAAAUGGACUGACCCUUAGGAAAAGAUUAGCAGGGAGUGAGUGAUUAUGAUUUUGUUUUCUUCUGAAAAGACAUCCUGGUGAUAAUGUCUCAUUCAUUUUUCUACGACAUUUGACUUUGUAACCAUCAGUACUUUCUUUAUUAAAAAAUGGAAAUCCA